AAACCAAUAAAUAAUCUCCAAAUGACAAAAUCAUGGAUUCCUGAGAGAGAAAGAAUCUCGUGGUCGUGGGAAUAUUUCCGAGAAACCUCCGAGAAACUAUUCUGAUGUACUCUUCAUUGCCUUUUCGAAUUUUAAUUCUUGCUAAUCGGUAAAUCCAUGAACUUUGCUUCAGAUCUCGAUGUUUCUUCUUGGACUAAACUUAGAUCUUUCUUUUUCUUUUCUUUAUAUUAAUCUACACUAGAUAUGAAUUAACUCCUCUAGAUAUGAUUUUAACUUCUCUUACCAAUCUGCCAAAAUUUUGUUCCCUUAUACGCUUUCUCUGAUAUGGGAAUUGGCUGAUAUUUGUUUUUCAACAUUGGGUCAGAAGUUUCAUGAUUCCCACUUAUCUGUUUGUGUAAAUCGUUAUCUGGGUAUGUUUGUUUUUCUUUCAUUUUUCGAAACAUUGGCUAAAUUUGUUGUAGAAUGAGCAAUUAUUCAUUUGGGUCUUCUGGAAGUCCUAAGUCUUUCAGUGCAUACCCAAGAGGUGAUUUUGAUCUAGAAUCUGGAACCAUCAAAAGAGUCCGCAAGUAUAAAAGUUCACCUUUACAUCCCGCAAGAAUGAUCAAAUCGAUUCGAAACCGCCUGCAUUAUUAUUUCAAGCUGCACCCCUUGUUAUGUUUUCUCAUCUCUUUGUCCCUUGGAGUCUCAGUUUUCUUAGUUUUAUCUCUGUAUGAGAGCCGUUACAAGUUGAUGAGUGGUUAUCAAAGUUAUAAUGUGGAACCACAUAAGUAUCCAUUUCCCAAGCUCCAAAAUUUAGUAAUGGUUGCUGGGCAUUCGAUUUAUACGAGCAAUGGCUGUGGAAAAGUUGAUGAGGAGAAUUCUUGGUUUUUGGAGCCUUAUCAGAAGAAUCCAGGUCAAGCUGCUACUUUUCUAGCUCAUAUAGAAGGGGGAAUUAAACUUGCAGCCAAAGAUGACAAUGCUUUACUUCUGUUUAGUGGUGGAGAAACUAGGAAAGAUGCUGGUCCAAGGAGUGAGGCACAGAGUUAUUGGGCUAUUGCUGAAUCAAAAGGAUGGUUUGGUAAAGGAGAAUAUAUUAAACAAAGGGCACUGACCGAAGAGCAUGCAAGGGACAGCUUUGAAAAUCUUCUCUUUAGUGUGUGCCGGUUCCGAGAACUAACAGGCACAUACCCUCAAAAUAUAACAGUGGUAAGCUAUGAUUUUAAGGCUGAGAGAUUUUCACAACUGCAUCGAUCUGCAUUAGGCUUUCCAGAAUCUAGGUUUUUCUUCUUGGGCACCCCAGCUACUUCAUCCGCAAGAGAAGCUGCUGAGAAAGGCGAGGCUCUGGUGCGGACUCAGUUCAAAGAAGACCCUUAUGGGUGUCGAGGUUCACUUCUUCACAAGAAAUUAGGACGCGAUCCUUUUCACAGAACAAUCCCUUAUCCUAACGGUUGUCCUGAGAUUGAAGGUCUUUUCAGAUACUGUGGAACAGAUCCUUAUCCAGCCUCCCUCCCAUGGACUCAGUAAAAUUUUACUUACCUUUGAUCCUUAACAACCUUAACAAAAACAAUAGUUUGGGAGUUUUGGAUUACUUAUUUGGGUUCAAAUCUUUAAAUGUAGAAGGAAUUAGAAACAUUGGUUAGAUGUAUCAUAUACCAAAACCACAAGAAUUAUUUGACUGUUAUGGCACUAUGAAAGGCUGGGGUAUGGUAAUUCACUUUUGUGUAAAUCAUAUACAGACACAGAAUGUUGCGCUAUGUAACCUGUUAUUCUUAUGUACAUUAAUAAUGCUGCUGUGUCAUAUUAAAUUUGAAAUUCAAGCACCUCUAA